AAUAAAGUAUAAAUAAUCACAUGAGGUAUCAGACUUUAAAAGAAAUAUCCCCAAAAACUCAGUAUUUGUACAUUUGCAAUUCAAAACAGACGCAAUGGCGGUAAAAUAUAUAAUUUUGUUUUCCGCUUGCUUUAUGCUCGCAUUAUCUGAAAAUAGUGGAUUGCAAACAGUGAAUGGUAGGAUAAAGGUCACCGUGGGUACUUCAGCAGGAACAUCUGACAUUCGAAGUUUCAUUAACAACCAGCUGAUGCCAGCAGUCGAAGUGUAUGGACAGUUUCUUGACAUCGAAUUCGUUCCGUGGGGAAGGACAACAUGGGCAAAUAACGUUAUCGAGUGUGAUCAUGGUGUUGCCGACUGUUGGGCCAAUCGUCUACACAGAUGCGUUCUCGACAAGCUGAAAGGCAAUCAAGCUGCCCAACUCCACUAUAUGUCUUGUGAGUUUUCCCAUCCAUACCCAUCAUUCGGGCAAGGAUCCUAUCUCUGUGUUCAAGCAGUUGGUUUAAAUCUGCUCGAUGUUGAUUACUGUGUCGCUAAUCCUGGAGACGAUUUGGAUAGAGCAGCUUAUACGGCUGCCUCCGAGCCUAUGAAGCAAUUACAAUUCAUUCCAUAUAUUGUUUUUAAUGACCAAAUCAAUGUAGAACUUCACGAGCAAGGUUUAAUCAGGCUUCCAAACUUGAUCUGUUCGGCUUUAUCGGAAGACUCGACCACCGGUGUCACCAGCUGCUAUAUAUAAAGACCACUCCUCAAGAAACAAGUGCGAUAUCAGAGAUCACUUCUUAAAUCGACAGAUUGCGUUUUCUUAUCUUAUUAGCCCAUGCUGGUGCUAGAUUUAGACAAAAUGUCCAACUUUCGCUCGUGUUUUAAUCUACAAACUUGUGAAAUUGAACAAUCGUCGAGUGAGAUAUGGCUAAUAACUCUGUAAAAUGUUUUAUGAUAACCAGUG